AUGGUGACAUAUUCCCUUCGGGAGUUUCAAGAUCACCUCGACCCCAUUACGACUAGCAUCAGAUCAACAAUGCCUCCCAGUGUGACUUCCUCCCCAGCGGAGCUAUACACAAUUAAACACGAUCGAGAUCGAACAGAGAAAUGCCUUCAGACCUGCGCUGAAGUGCUCUGCUGUAUCGAUGCGGCACAACUUCAGCUCCUGUCAGAAAGGGCGACGACCCAGUCAUCUUCUGGCUCAUCAACAGGCCUAAGCGAAGCCCAUCUCAUAACCACCGCAGCGCUGCAGGAGUGCGGCCAUAAACUCAACCAGACGCUUUCGCGGUUGUAUAUUCACAUGGAGAAAAUGGAUAUGGAGUUGCCUCUGUCGUCGUCGCCAACUGAGAAGAACCUUACAAUUCGCAAUCAUGAUGCGAGCUCGGAAAAGUCACUUAUUCUGGGGGACGUCAGCGUCGGUAAAGACGGCAGACAAACGAUUGUCUGCUUGGCUGGAGAUGUCUUGGAGGUGAAACAAGCAACGGUGGGGGACAGGGCAGUGCAGUUCAUUGGCAGUGUUUGGGACGCCAAACCACAGGAGAUGCUUAAUGACCGCGGUCUAUGA